AUGUUCGGUAGUAAGAAAGGAAGUGAUUAUUCUCAAGUUAACCUUGACGACUUUAGCGAUAAUAGUAGCAACGACGGGGAUGAUUUUGUCCGCAGUUCCAUUCGAAACCAGCAGGAGCUCAUGAAAAAACAAGAUGAGGGAUUAGAUAUGCUAUCAGAAUCUGUCGCUCGCUUAGGAGAGCAUGCCAUGGGCAUAUCCGACGAACUGGGCCAGCAAAACCAGAUGUUAGAUGCAAUGGAGACCGAUCUUGACACAGCUAGCGAAGAGCUGGAUCUGGUGACCAGAAAAACAAAUGAACUUAUCCGAAGUGCAGGAGGCAAAAAGAAUUGUAUUCUAAUUGCAUCUCUUUGCCUCGUUGCGUUGGUACUCUUCUUUUUGCUGCUGUACGUGUGA